AUGGGUGACAUGGACGUUGGGGAUGGCCCGAAACUCGAGCAUGGACCGCCGUCGACUGGAGAGGUGACGUACUAUGCUGGUCUGUCCUCGCACGUAGCUCUCAUGAUGGCGCAUAUCGGACUCAUGGUACUCGCGUGGUUCUUCGUUCUGCCACUCGGUGUUAUGUUCAGCAUUGCUCGAUCUCGGUAUACAUUGCCAGUCCAGUUGCUCUUCCUCGUCGUGAAUGGUGUUGGCGUCACGCUGGCGACCAUCUACAACGUUAGCACACCAGACCUAUAUGUGAACAACGCGCACCACAAGAUCGGAUGGAUAGCGACAUGGGUCAUGACCGCUCAAGCUGUCAUGAGCUUGUUGUUCUUGUACUCAGGACGCACAAGUAAGAUUGAGCCUAUGUCGUCCGAGACGGCGGCUUUCUUGCCUAUGUCGGCGGCAAAUAUGGCCCAGCACAAUCACAACUCGCCGUAUCACGACUACCGAUGGUCAGCUGACAGUGGCUCACCUACCAGUCGAUCCUCAGCGACGCUCAACAGUCCGAGAGAUAUCUCGCCGAGCAACAUGUAUCGUCUAUCGAAGGAACUCGAGCGCGACGAAGAUGUAGACGAUGAGGAAGGCCUCUCGAUGCCAAUGCCCACUGCUAUGCCCGAGACAUCUCCUAGCCACUCGAGGUUCCGCGUGAAGGUUGUGGACACAUUCUUGUCAGCCAAACAUGGCACUGAUGUCUUCAACGGACUCGCUCACUUCAUCAAAGGCGGCAUAUUCUUUUGGUAUGGACUGCUCACCCUUGGCCGCUGGAUGGGCUGCUUUGCGAGUUGGGGUUGGGCAUGGCAAGUCAAGCCAAGCCAAUCCCAGGUUGGCAAGUGGAACGCCAGGAUGCCUUCUGCUGAAUUCACCGAGUCCUUCGUCAUUUGGCUGUACGGUGCCAGCAAUGUCUUCCUGGAGCACCUCGGCGCCUGGGGUGGGCAGUGGGACCCUCAAGAUUUCGAGCAUGUCUCCAUCAGUAUCAUGUUCUUCGGUGGUGGCCUACUCGGCAUGCUUGUCGAAUCCACAACCAUCAGGAGCUGGCUCAACACUGCUGUCGACAUGAUGCCCGCCGGUCGCAGCGUCGACUCUGACGACAAGCAACAACUUUACCGAGAACCGAAGACGUACGGGUUCUCUUAUAAUCCUGUCCCUGCGUUGGUCAUCAUGCUGCUCGGCAUCAUGAUGUCUUCGCACUCUCAAGACUCGAUGGUUUCGACAAAGGUACACGGGCAGUGGGGUACACUGCUCUCUGGCUUUGCGAUCGCACGCACUCUCACUUACCUGUUCCUCUACAUCUCGCCACCAACCUCGAUAUAUCCAAGCCGUCCUCCCACGGAACUGCUCUCGGCGUUUUGUUUGAUCAGUGGUGGGCUCAUCUUCAUGGCCAGUUGCCGGGACAUAAUUCGAUCUAUGGAGAGUCGCGGCAUCAUGGCCAUGUUCGUCUUCACCGUCGUCAUGGGCUUCACAUCUUUUCUGAUGGCCUGGACUGUCGUUGUGAUCGCGUUCAAAGGCUGGGCUGUCCGACGCGAGGCAAAAUGCUCACCGAAACACUAA